AGCUACAACGACAUCUUUAGUCUGAUCAGCGCAGACAACACACCGGCGAACACCCCCCAAAAAGAAAAAAGGAAGGCAGGACAGAAAAAACGAAAAAUAGAUAGGAUGAGCAAGUUGGCGCGAACCUUAGUCAAGCCCAUCACGGUGCCCGUGGCGGCGUGCGCGCGCAAGGUAGCUGCGAUGGACGAACCACUGAAGCGCCACAUCGACGCCUACGAAGCAAAGGGCGAGGACAUCACGGCGGCGGUGUGGCGCGAGUACGUGGACGGCCAGCGUGCCCUGCUGUCCCACCGCUGGGCGAAGCUGAAGAACGAGACCGCCUACCUCACCUCGGGUCAGAUGGCCAUCACGGACCUCACCUUUGCGGACUUCUUAUUCUUCGCUCGCUUCUUGACCAAAUGCCUAUUUCUGUUUCUUGUCGCGGUGAUGGUGGGUCGGCGGUCGGUGUUCCCCCCGCUGGAGCCGACGUCGUCGUUUGUGGAGGAGACGGUGCGGAACUGGCAGCCGAAUCACCUCAGCGGCGUCGCCGGUGCGGAGUACAUAAAGGCUUAUAAGGAGACGGCGAAGGAGGAGCAGAGCGUGUAA